GCUUGGGGCGGGCCGCGACUAUAAGUGCACGGUGUGGGGUGCGUUUCGCUGCGGGUUACGCUUUUGUCUUCGUGUCAGGGUUGCCAUCUCGCGCUGCUCGUCUGACUUUUUUUGUGACUCCGCACUACCGGCUAUUACAUCGAGGGAGCCAUUCCCGGCCCUUCCUCUUGGAGGAUCCAAAGGCCUUCCAGAAGCAGAAGGUAGCUCCACUGCUCUACGAAGAAGUGAGGUCCUUUCAAUCAUGAAGCAUAUGUUGAACCUCUAUCUCUUAGGUGUGGCGCUGACCCUGCUCUACAUCUUCGUUAGCCUGAUAGAAUCCCUGGGGAGCUUACUGGGGAGCCCAUUGCCUGGGAGCCUUGCAACCACCAGAGGUCGAAUAGCCAACACAGAGCCUCCAAGCGCCUUCCAGAACAUCCAUCCAGAGGGAUGUGAUAAGACCUCCCUCCACCGGCUGUAACCUUGGAACACUGAUCUAAAUGAAUCCAGCCCGCUGUCCCAGUUCCUGGGCAGGCAAGCUCAGCAUCAGUGUUAUCAGAGAAGUAACUGUUACUAGGCCCUUGAAGGGCCUCUCCAUCUGGAUAUUCCUUCCUCUGGAAAAAGGGCCUAUUUAAUACAUAGAUGUGAGUGGGUUGCCUAUGGCUGUGGAAUGGCGUGAUCUCACUUGUCUCCCCAGAGUUUGUGGUCCUUGGCAGUGUGCCUGUGACACCUCUUAGAUGAGGACUUGUGCUGCAACUUCAGCUGUUGGGAGAUGGUGUUUAUUUUCAACCCUACUUUCUAAGCAUCUGCCAAGAGUUCCUUUGGACUUGAGUGUCUCAUGGUCAGUUUAUUUGGUGUUCAGCUUCUCUUCCUCAAGAGCUCCUCUGUGUGCAGAUGACAGUUGAGGUGUGUGGGUUGGCUGUAGGCAGGGGGGAGGUGGAGUGUUCAGUGUCCAUUUCUCAUUGUUUUAUAUUUUAAGCCCUUCCUCCAACACAGUAUGUAUGUGUGUGUGUAUUGGCCUGAAGUGGGCAGUGGGAUGACAAGGCCUGCUCAGGACAUGGGCAUUAUGGCCACCAUGUGGCUUCAAUGAAUUUUUCUAAUGAAAUAAAGUUGAAUAUUUCUGUUA